ACACACCACCUUAGAUUUUCCUUUUAUGUAAUAAUCCUCUGAUGCAAGAAAACUACCAGAAAUGUAGAAAAGAUUGACUCAUAAUUACAUCUACCAAUUGAUUUUCCAUCAGUUAUGAAUGCCAAACUGAUUAUAAAACGAUUAAUGAAGCCAAAAACAGUGGUUCAAAUCCCCCUCCCCUGUUUCAAAAAAUCAGUGGUUCAAAGCCAUCCAAAAUAUUUUAAUCUUGAUCAGCUCACACUUUUUAGUUUUUAACUGGAAUAAAUGACUGGAGGACCUGUAUCCUGUCUAUAAAUAGAGUCUGAAAGUUUUUCUUUUAUAUCAAACACAAACCUUAAAAACUUGGGCUUUCAGAGCAUCCAUGGCAGCUUAUAUUUCACUUCAUUAUCUCCUCAUUCUUCUUAUACUGCUCAUUCUGUCUCCUACCUUCUUUCACCAAACCUGCAAGCUUGUUCAAGCUGAUCAUAGCUUGAUUGAAAACCAAUGUCACAAUGCAAAUGUGCCAGCGACAUGCCUUCAAUGUGUGGAAUCUGACCCUGAAGCCAAAACUGCUGAUCAAAUUGGGAUUGCCAUCAUUGUCGUGCGUUGUUUAAGCAACCAUUCAAGCAUCUUGGUCACCGAAACGACUAAAUUAGCUCGUAAGGCCAAAGAUAAGGAUUCGAAGCAUGUUUUCGAGUCUUGCUCCAAGGGUUUCUCAACAGCAAACAAGUAUCUGUCCGAUGUGGCUGCUUACCUGACAAUCGGUGAAUAUGGUAAAGCCGCUACCUCUGUGCUUGAAGCAUCUCAGAAUUGCAAUAUCUGCCAGGUUGACACAAAAAAACUCAGUGAAGAAUUACCAACUGCGACAAUUAUUCUCUAUGAAAUUGGGGUAUUCGGAGAACUUACAGAUGCAGUGAUGAGAAUGAUUGAUCGUUUCUAGGAGUUUCAUCAUCAUUCCUAUCUCCAUAAAUCAUGUGUUGGGAAUAAAUGACUACUGAAUGGGAGGAAUAAGCUUGAACUUUACCAUGCAUCAGAGAUUAAUGUUGUUUCCUGCAUAUGGAAUAUAUUAUGGAUGCUGUCUAUCUUUUGCUUUCAACUUUAAUGCAGUAAGAAUUAGCACAAUA